CAAUUAAUUGAUCUGGCAAUAUGUGGUAGACAAACCAAAUUGUCCAAAAUUGCAAUUUAGGCUACAACACAGUUUAAUUAAUCAUUUAAUAGGAGUUAAUAUUAUAUAAUUUAAUCUAAUUGAAUCUAGAUCUAAUAUGCCUCGAGAAAAUAAGCAAAAAGCUUUAUUUCCAGACAUCCAAAGAAAUGAAAAGUUUAACCUGGAAAGCUUCGAAGCAUUUUUGGAAGAUUUAAAUGCACAUAAAGAACAUUGUAAUGUUAUAAUCAAAGGUCUGGAAAACAAGAAAAGCAGUGAGCACGAAAUAUUUAUAGAACUAACUCAGCAAUUUAAGAUAAGACAAAACAAGUUCCAUAACUCUGUUAAUUACCUGUCAACUAACAUUAAAGCACUUACAAAUGAAAUAGAGAGGAAUGAAAAUAAUUCCAAUACAGGCACACCAGAUUUAACUAAGUGGGAUAUUGAGUUGAAAAAAACUGAACUUAAAAAUGCUGAGACAUUGAAAUGGUUAGUCCAGGAAGAAUUUCAAAAUGAAGAGCACUAUAAAGCUAAAGCCAUUGAGGAAAUUCUCUCCAAGUGUGUACACACUUACAACAAGGGGGAAAACCCAGGGUCAGGAGAUUCUUAAAAACUUGAACCUAAUUUCUGUUUGUACAAAAAAUUUUUUUUUGUAAAUAUUGAUUUCUAAUGUAU